UCAAUCACAACAGAAAUGCAUCCUCUCCCCACUUUUCAGUUUCUUACGUUUCGGUUUCUCUUUCUUUUUCCAUGUUUUAAAAGAUAAAGUUUGAAAAAAUUACACUUCAAUUAUUUGAGUUUUGUAAUUGACAAGUAAAUAUAAGGUGUGGUUGGCUUUCUUUUUUAUGUGUGAAAAUGGAGUUUUGGACAGAAUAUGUUAUGAAGAACAAUGUGGGAAGAGAGUUUGUGGCCGGUGGAAUCGGAGGCACGGCAGGUAUCAUAUCGAGUUAUCCGUUCGAUACUCUUCGUGUCAUGCAACAACAGUCCGGAAAAGCUUCUGCUGUUGGCAUCUUUAGAAAUUUGUUGUCCAAGGAAGGACCUUUUGCUCUCUAUCGUGGCAUGGCGGUUCCUUUGGCUUCUGUUGGUUUUCAGAAUGCUAUGAUUUUUCAAAGUUAUACCAUUUUUACGAGGAUUUGUAGUUCUUCUAUUUCUUCUAAUGGACCUCAUUCGCUUGUGAAUGUUGCUUUAGGAGGACUCGGUGCAGGUGCUCUCCAAAGCAUAUUGAUGUGUCCCGUUGAGUUAGUUAAAAUUCGCAUUCAACUUCAAAAAAAUAUUGACAAUUUUUCAGAAAACAAAAAGAGCACUUCUUUGAUCUUGGCUAAGAACAUUUGGAAAAAUGAGGGUCUUUGUGGCAUUUAUCGAGGAUUUGGCAUCACUGUUCUUAGAGAUGCACCUGCUCAUGCCUUCUACUUUGGAGCAUAUGAGUACAUGAGGGAAAAACUCCACCCUGGUUGUAGAGAAAGUUGUCAAGAAAGUGUGUAUACUAUGUUCAUAGCAGGAGGAGUAGCAGGGAUAGCGAGUUGGAUUUUUAACUACCCUACAGAUGUUAUAAAGACUAGGUUGCAAGCUCAAACAUCAUCUUCCAUGAAAUACAAAGGUAUCUUGGAUUGCACGUUAAAGAUAAUCAAAGAAGAAGGUUCGAUUGUGUUAUGGCGGGGUUUAGGAGCAACAGUUGUUAGAGCAUUUGUUAUGAAUAGUGCUAUAUUUCCUGCUUAUCAAGUCGCUUUAAGGUGUUUAGCCAACAAUUAAAAUAUUAAUAAAAUAUAUAAAAGUUACUCCUGAGGAGAAAAUAAAGAACCAAGAAUGUAAUGAAAAAUCAACAAGAAGAAAUGACUUAUUGCCUUAAUUUUCAU